AUGAUUGAUAUUAAAACCGAUGAAAUUAACAGAGAGACUGAAGUCUUACAGAAAAGUGCAAAACAAUUACAGAAAGAAGCAAAAAAACAAGCAAAGUUAGAAAAAUUUAAACAAAAACAAGAAAAGAAAGGAAAUGAUAAAACUUUAAAAGUAAAAGAAAAGAACGAAAAUAUUGAAAAGAAGAAAGAAUGCAAAGAAUCAGCAGUAUAUAUGGUAAAUACACCUAUAGGAGACAAAAAAGAUGUUACAUGUGCAAUGCCAGAUGCAUAUAGUCCAAAAUAUGUUGAGGCUGCAUGGUAUGCAUGGUGGGAAAAAGAGGGUUUUUUUAAACCUGAAUAUGGUGGAAAGAAUAUAUUAAAAAUAAAUCCUAAGGGGAAGUUUGUUAUGAUAAUACCACCUCCCAAUGUGACUGGAUUUCUUCAUCUAGGACAUGCCUUAACUAAUGCUAUAGAAGAUGCUAUUACUAGAUGGAAUCGUAUGAAAGGACUUACAACAUUAUGGAAUCCCGGUUGUGAUCAUGCAGGUAUAGCUACUCAGGUGGUAGUUGAAAAGAAACUUUGGAAAGAAGAACAUAAAACACGUUAUGAUAUAGGAAGAGAAAAGUUUAUAGAAAAAGUUUGGAAGUGGAAAGAAGAGAAAGGAAACAGAAUUUAUUUACAAUUGAGGAAAUUAGGUGGGUCAUUUGAUUGGGAUAGAGUUUGUUUUACAAUGGAUCCAAAACUGUGUUAUGCUGUUAGAGAAGCAUUUAUAAGAUUACAUGAUGAGGGUGUAAUUUAUAGAAGUAAUAGAUUAGUCAAUUGGUCUUGUGCAUUAAAAAGUGCUAUAUCUGAUAUAGAAGUUGAUAAACUUGAAUUAACUGGUCGAACGUUACUUUCAAUUCCUGGAUAUCAAGAAAAAAUAGAAUUUGGAGUUUUAGUACUAUUUGCUUAUGAAGUAAUUAAUUCUGAACAAAAGAUAGCAAUAGCUACUACUCGUAUUGAAACAAUGCUUGGGGAUACAGCUGUUGCUGUUCAUCCAAAAGAUACUAGGUAUACUCAUCUUAUUGGAAAAUAUGUACAACAUCCAUUUUGUGAUAGAAAAUUACCAAUUAUAGCUGAUGAAUUUGUUGAAAUGGAAUUUGGGACAGGAGUUGUAAAAAUUACACCAGCACAUGAUCCUAAUGACUAUGAAGUAGGGAAAAGACAUAAUUUACCAUUUAUCACUAUUUUUGAUGAGAAUGGGAAUAUUAUUGGAGAUUAUGGACAAUUUACGGGAAUGAAACGAUUCCAUGCCAGAGCAGCUAUAAUAAAAGAAUUAAUUGCAAGGAAUUUGUUUAUUGAGAUUAAAGAUAAUCCUAUGAUGGUUCCAAUAUGUAGUAGAUCUAAGGAUGUUAUUGAACCAUUAAUGAAACCUCAAUGGUACAUAAAAUGUAAUGAAAUGGCCGAAAGAGCAUUAGAUGCAGUGAAAACUGGUGAAUUAAAAAUUAUUCCUGAUCAAUAUAAGAAAAUUUGGUACCAUUGGAUGGAAAACAUAAGAGAUUGGUGUAUAUCUCGUCAAUUAUGGUGGGGUCAUCGUAUUCCUGCUUAUUGUGUUAAAAUAAAUAAUAUAAAUGUUAAUAUCAAGCUAGAUGAUGAUUAUUGGAUAAGUGCGCAUUCGGAAAGUGAAGCUAAGGAGAAAGUUGUAAAACAGUUAGGUAUAACUGAAGAUAACAUUAUUGUUGAACAAGAUCCUGAUGUACUGGAUACAUGGUUUUCUUCGGGUUUAUUUCCAUUUUCGAUAUUUGGAUGGCCAGAUAAGACAAAUGAACUUGCAGCUUUUUAUCCUGGUACAUUAUUAGAAACUGGCCAUGAUAUUUUAUUUUUCUGGGUAGCAAGAAUGGUUUUUUUAGGUCAAAAAUUAUUAGGAAAAUUACCAUUUAAAGAAGUAUAUUUACAUGCUAUGGUCCGAGAUGCUCAUGGCAGAAAAAUGAGCAAAUCCCUGGGAAAUGUAAUAGAUCCUAUGGAUGUAAUUAAUGGAAUAUCAUUAGAGGAUCUUCAUAAGCAAUUAUUAAAUUCAAAUUUAGAUUCAAAAGAGCUUAAUUAUGCUAUGGAGGGACAAAAACGCGAUUAUCCUCAAGGAAUUCCAGAAUGUGGAACUGAUGCUUUAAGAUUUGCACUUUGCGCUUAUACAAUGCAAGGUCGUGAUAUUAAUCUUGACAUUCUUCGCGUACAAGGAUAUCGAUUUUUCUGCAAUAAAAUAUGGAACGCUAUGAAAUUCUCUUUGAUGUAUCUGGAUCCUAAUUUCGAUUAUGAUGAAGAUAUUCAAGCGGCAAGUAAUGAUAUUCAGAAUGAUAAUAUGGUAACUGAAAAUGAUUGGUAUCAAAACACAUUAAAGGAAAUGUGUGUACAGGGCGCAUUAAAUAAUUAUUUAGCAGAUUAUCCUUAUUUAGAUGGAUAUAGCCCUUCGCAAAUUGAUACGAAAGUUUACCAAACUUUUAUCAAAUUAGGUAUUGAUUUAACAAACUAUCCUCAUUUAUAUCGUUGGUAUAAGCAUAUGACAUCUUAUAGUGAACAAGAACAAUCUGCAUUUCGUGCAGAAGAAAGUAAAAUAUUAUCUCAUUGUGGUUGUAAAAUAUUUGAUUACAAUAAUAGGAGGAAACAGUUACGUUGUGAGACGAAUGUAAACUUUUGGAUGCUUUCUCGUGUAAGUUUUGCUGUAAAAGUCUGUAACGAAGCAAUGACGCAAUAUGAUUUUCCAACCGCCACCACUGCUUGUUAUAAUUUGUGGUUAUAUGAUUUAUGCGAUAUUUAUUUGGAGUAUUUAAAACCAGUAUUUCAAAGUAACGAUAAUAAAAGAAAAUAUGCAGCGAGAAAAACCUUAUUUAAAACACUAGAUGUAGGGCUAAGAUUGUUGAGUCCUUUCAUGCCAUAUAUUACAGAAGAACUUUAUCAACGUUUACCUCGCAAAAAACAUCUUUAUCCCAGUAUUUGUGUUAGUCAAUAUCCAGACAUUUCAGAGUGUUGCUGGAGAAAUGAGGAAAUAGAGAAAGACGUUGAUUUUGUUAAUAAAAUAAUAAAAAAUAUUCGAUCAGCGCGUGCAACGUAUAAUUUACCGAACAAAGUAAAGACUGCAGCAUUUCUUGUAUGUAGUAAUAACAACUUGAAAAAAAAGCUUCUAGAAUAUCAAUCACUGAUAGAAAUUCUCGCUUAUUCUACACUUAAUUCAAUGGAACCACCAACAGGAUGUGCUAUUGUUACUAUCACAGAUACAGUUCAAGUGCAUCUACUUUUAAAAGGUUUGAUUGAUCCAAAGAAGGAGCUAGAAAAACUUAGCAAAAAGGAAGAGCAGUUAAAGGAUAAUAUUCACAAAACCAAACAAGCUAUGGAAGUUCCUGAUUAUAAUGUUAAAGUACCUUUGGAUGUACAAAAUAGUAACAAAGAAAAACUAACAAACAACGAACGGGAAUUGCAACAAAUCACCGAUGCAUUAUCAGCGUUACGAGCAAUGUAAUACUUAAUUAAAAUUGUUUAGGUUUCAGAAUUUCAUUUGUCCAUUAUCUUCUUAUUUAUUAAAUAAUAUUUUAUCAA